AUGUCUUCGUCGUUAUCAUUUGUCGGAAGAAUGAUUACAAUCUAUAGUGGAAUUCCACUUUUUAUUGGUGGUAUCACAGGUGAAAUUCUCAAAAUGAUUGUAUUUUCAAGUCUUCGGACGUUUCGACAGAGUUCGUGUGCAUUUUAUUUAACUGUUACAUCAACUAUGAAUAUCGGUCAAUUAUCCACUGGACUUCUCGCAUUGAUUACCAACACUUUAUUUGGUGUUGAUGGAACCGAAAGUUCAUUGUUCUAUUGUAAAUUUCGCCCAUAUUGCUUUCAAACAUGUGCAUUAAGUUCAUUAGGAUGCUUCUGCUUAGCCACAUUUGAUCAAUACUGUGCUACCUGUUCACAUCCUCGUUGGCAACAAUGGUCUAAUAUUAAACGAGCCAAACGCCUUGUCAUUAUCAAUAUAAUUAUUUGGGCUCUGCACGGAAUUCCAUAUUUAAUUUUCUUUGAGCAAAUUCAAUCAUCAAUUACAGGAAAUGUUAAAUGCACCAGCAGAGAUUUCAUUUUUGCCUAUUAUCGUUCUUAUGUUAUCAUUUUUAUCCUUUUUGGAAUUUUGCCUAUGAGUAUUUCAACUAUCUUUGGAUUAUUAGCCUUUCGGAAUGUACAAGAACUUGGUUAUCGUACAAUACCGAUCGUUCGACGCGAAUUAGACAAACAACUAACAAAAAUGGUUUUAAUACAAUUAAUUGUCAAUAUCUUUACUCUUUUACCAAACACAAUUAUCAGUACAGUAUUGACAAGUCCAAAUAUUCCUUCUAAUACACUUAAUCAAACAUAUAUACAAUUUGCUUAUUCUAUAGCUCUUCUUCUCAACUAUGCUUAUUUUGCAAGUUCAUUCUAUAUAUACAUCUGUGCAUCUGAACGAUUUCGUCGACAGUUCAUACAUGUCUUGUUCACGGUUCACCUAGAACGAUGGAGAAAACCUCUACCAAUAAACAAUCAAGUUCAACCAGAAUUCUAA